GUCUGCGAGUGAGCUUCCUUUCAAGUACGGAUACAUCCGGAUAGCAAAAAGUGAAAGUACGGGUGGUCGAUACCUGGCUAUCACGUGAUCGUAUCUUUCAUAUCGGCAGCAGCAAAUACUCUUCGGCAAGUAGAUAUAGGGGUCACUAUCUAGCGGCUAUCUUGGGAAAAGGGGUAAUUGUCUUAGCCGAGACACCAGUGCCGAACCCUCGCUAUCGGCUUCAUCAACGGAUUUUACUACAAGAACAUAUCCAUAUUGUAUUCGAGGGCGCGCAGGAAUUCCUUUGCGGGAUAUAUAUCAAUGUGUUCCCCCACUAUUUCAUCUUUUCAACAAUCAUCGAGAUGGCUAGCACUUUGUUGUUCCUCCUGAGUUCGCUGCUGUCAAUAGGCAGAGCUCUGCCAAAUGUGACAGCGAUACAAAUUGACGCCGGUACCUGCCAAGCAUUUCCAAAUUCUUUCCACGGCGCCGGUGACAACGCAGACGCAUUCGUUUUCCACCCUGACCAAGCCGAUAAUCUAGCCCUCAACGGCCUCACGACUGGCAUUUAUGGCACCAACCUCGUCGCAUAUCCCAAUUCUGCUACCGAUCCUCCGACCCCAACAAUAUUCUGCUGCGAUAGAGGAGGUACAAUUUUAGAUGGCUUUGGAGUCCAGAGUCUGUUGCUGCCGACGAAUAGGACGAAUGACGAAGAGUUGGGAUAUCUGGAGAGUGGCAGCAAGCCAGAGACGUAUACUUUGGAGGUGAAUGGAACGGCGUUAGAUGGUGUGUACCUGGGGAAGGGAAAUGUUACGACGUGGGGGUUUAGGAAGGGAAGCGGAGAUAUGAAAGAUCUUUGGUUGGUGAGGUUGUUGGCGCCGAGUCCGACGAUGAGGAGGAGAGGUGAGGAUGGAGGGGUGGUGUUGUAUGAUGGGGAGGUGAAGGGAUUCUUGAAGGUUGUAGGAUGGGUGGCGCCUUGAAUUGGUUUUGGUGGGAAUGCGAGGUUGAAGAGGGG